GGGCGACCGACCGACGCGCGCUGUCCUCCUCCAGUCGCGCUGCUCCAGCCAACUUCAGUGCCUUCCGAGCGGCGUGUCGUCUCUCUCUUUCUCUUUCUUCCUCUCUUUCUCAUCCCGCAUACGCGCGUGCCGUGUCGCGUGUGGUGUGUACGUAAGUGUGUGUGUGUGUAUUUUGUCAUCGGUCGCGUUUACAUUUUCACCACGAUGUCAUCCGGCAGCUGGGAACUGGUUAGCAGAAAAAAGGACCGCGGUAAUGACAAAUCGAACAAGCUCACAAAGGCUGAGAAGAAGAGGUUCAUCGAGAACGCGCCGAAAGUCGAGGACUUCUUACCUCUGAGCCAAGUGAAAACACUGUACGAUAAUCUAGAUGGGAACAAGGAGAACAAGAAGCCUGUCAAGGCACAGGGAAAAGAACAUAAGACGAAAGAGAAUGAGGAAAGAAAAAAGCAACAACAGCAACAAAAGCAACAGCAGCAACAAGGUGAAAAGAAGAAACAAGAACCAAAGGAAAAACCUCCAAAAACUGUCAAAGAUGCAUUGAAUGCGAUUAAUGCGCAGGAGCUCAAUGAUCUUCUGACUACUGCACAAGUCAGAUUUCCUGAGGCUCCCUUGCUCUGGCUGAAGGAACUCGAUGCUUUCCUCAACAUCAAGAUACCCAUUAACAAAGAAGAUGUGAUAUUCUCAGGAAAACCCAAGGACUACCCGUUAAGUUUAGUACCUAAGCCAAUCUCUUCCAUAUUGGAACGAGCAGUGGAAAUGACGGGCCAGCAGACCAUACAAAUUUUUUACGAAAACACUCUCACGGCAAUGGCCACUGAUAUGGUCAAGGGAAUACCUGUUAUCGGUCACAAGAUAUUUUUGCAGCUGCUAGCGCAUUUAAAUCCCGAGAUGACCGCCGCCAACAUUUCCAAAUUGAUUAAUAUAAGAAAUUCCUAUGAGAAUAGAAAGAACAUUGGCUUGUCCUUGCUGUGGGCCUGGUCACAGGCUGGCAAAAAGAAUCUAGCAGUCGGCUUGAAAAUCUGGCACGAGGUAAUGUCACCGAUGUUGGAGACAAAGGGUUACGCCAACUAUGUUGUGCAAAUUCUCAACGACCUCGUCUUUGGUCAUGAUAACGUCCACGAUCUCAGUCUUGAUCUGUACCUGAGUAUCAUUAUGGAUACCUAUUCUCAAAGAUUUCAGAAUAUUCAACCCACAAAUUUGGGAAAAGAUCUUAGCGCGAGCAUUGACAAGCUGAGAUCAAUACUCUUCAGGAACAAAGACAUAUGUUACACGAAACUGUUUGAAAUGUUAAUGGGAAAAGUAUCGCAGAAAUCAGAUCCGAAUUAUAGGCACGAAUUGAUUAAGGUUCUUGCCGACUGUCUUGUCACGGAACCUGUUUGUUUCACUAUUUGGAGUUCUAUUUAUACCAAGCAUUUAUAUCAAUCAAGUCUUCUUUUAUCGUAUAUCGAUACGAAUUUACCUAAUUUACAAACAAAGUUCAAAGCUAAGCAUUUCAAGGAAACUCUCGGAAUUAUCCAAAACAAUAAUGAAAAGUGGAAAAAGGCCAAAGAUGAGACUUUAGCAGUUACAUGCAAGAAAACGUCUCAGGCACUAUUGAAGAAAAUGACCUCUUCCAAACGCAGCUUUCCAUGGGGAUCAGCCAGUCUCCUGUUGUUGCUGCUGAUUGGUGCUAUUGUAGCAUAUGACACACAGAAAUAUGGCUCGUUUGAGGCGUCCCAAGUUGGAAAAUUCUUGAAAACUAGUGGAAUAUUGAAACAUGUAGAAAAAACAUGGACUACUCUAAAGUUCUAUUGGUCUGCAGGACACAAAGCAAUUAAGGAUAGCUCACCAGAAUACUACAAAGCAGUUGUAGACUUGUGUACACCAUACAUUAAAUUAGCUGGUGAUGUCUGCCUUGUAGUAAGAAAUGUUUCAGUAAAAUUAUAUAAUAAUGCUGCAGCAUAUGUCGAAAGAAACGUACCGAUAGUUCUGGAUAGAAUCGAGCACUAUGCUCCAGGAAUUAUGGAGCAAAUAAAAUCUCGAAGUCUUCAGGGAUUAGAAUAUGUGAAAGUUUCCCUCAUUUUACUUGGAGAGAAAGUUGUUGAACAUUCCAGUUUAACGAUACAGUGGUUGGAGAAGAAUGUCUUUGUGGGCAAACUAAGUCCGGAUAAUCUUCGCAAUUAUGCCAUAUGGGCUUUCGACACGACGCAAUCGUAUGCGACUCAAACGUACGAUUGGGUAUAUGAGAAGGUGCAGACUCUCUCCAAAGUGCCAUGAAUAAAAUCCAUUGGUUUGCUGUACGAAUCAUUGCGUCAGUGAUGAAACCUCCGCCUCUCCAUGCAAUUCAGCAUUUAUUAUUUAUGACACGCGUUACAUAUAUGUAUAUUUUCCGGAGAUCACGAAUGCGUCGGCCAUUUUACCUGUGAUAUCUAGAAGAGAAAACCUAUAUAUUAUUUUGGUUGGUCCCGACAAAGAAAAUCUCUCUCUCUCUCGUGAUCUCCUAACGAACAGAAACAUAAUCGUGAACAUUUUUUUAUCGAGAUAAAUAUUUUUCUGUCACUUUCUUUGAAAUUAUUGAUAAGUAAUAUAUAUGUCUAUGCAUUUAGGUCUAUUUCUUAAUCGCGAAUCGUCAAAAAAACGCGAUCUUUAACAUAUUUUGUAUUUUCAUUUAUAAUUUCGAGGAUUUUGAUUGAAUAUAUUCGACUUUACUGAGUGAUUGAAUAAAAACCUUUUCAUAAG